GGUUUGUCUCUAGAAUCCGCUGUGAUGCGCAGCUUUCAUAUGUUCCUCCAUGUCAGUAGCUGGCAGUAAUGGGUUGCGGUCGCCAAACGUUGACGCACAGGCAAGGGAGGGGAACUCUCGUACCUGUUCCACCACAGGAAGUAACACUGGACUACACUUAACUGUACAACAGGCAGCAAAUACGACUUCAGGCUGGGCAACGAUACUGUACCACGGAGAAGAAAACUCCAUCCACACAGGGGGAAAGUCGAGAAGGAGGGGAGGCCCUGCAACACCGGAGCUACGAUGGUGGGUGAGCGACGCAACGGCAACCUGCUGGUUCAGCUGGGCCCAAAGCAGCAGGCCUACCCAGAGGAGCUGAUCCGUCAGAGGAGGACUCACGAUGGCCAGACUGAGUACCUGAUUCGCUGGAACCUGCAGGCUGUGGAUGAUAGCAACAGCUCGGGCAGCAGCAGUGAGGCAGGUGGUGGCGGAGGCAGCAGUUCGGGUGUCGGUGGAUCAAGUGGCUCCACCUCAGGAGAAAGCAAGACGGAAAGCAUCCUGAUGUGGAUGUCUACAGAAGAUGUGUAUGCCAACUGCCCCACUCUGCUAGGUAAACGCAAGGCAGACUCCCAGAGGCCUCUGCUGGAGGAAGAGGAGCGGCCCAGCGGCCAGUUCCCAGCCAACGUCACAUUCGAGGAGGGCGAACUGUCGGACAUGAAGGAUGACGUGAAGAAUCUUGUGCAGCGCGCACGGAAGCAGAUGGCUAAGAACAGUGACUUCGGUAUAAGCAUCACGCACACCAUCCACGUGCUGAGCGCCUAUGCCAGCAUCGGCUCAUUGGUGGGAGUCUUCAAGGAAACGGGCGCUCUAGAUCUGCUCAUGGAACUGCUGUGCAACAAAGAACGACAGAACAGACGCAGCGCUGGCAAGAUGCUGCGGGCAUUGGCUUCUCAUGAUGCAGGCAGUCGUGCCUACGUGCUCCUUUCUCUCAGUCAGCAGGAUGGCAUUGAACUGCACAUGGACUUUGACAACCGCUACACACUGCUGGAGCUUUUCGCCGAGACCACCUCCUCUGAGGAGCAUGGGAUCUCCUUUGAAGGCAUCCAUCUACCCCAGAUUCCAGGCAAGCUGCUUUUCUCCCUGGUAAAACGAUACUUAUGUGUCACUUCGCUGAUGGACAAGCUCAACACUGCAGGGGUGGUGUCUGCAUCUGAGCGACAGGAUGUCGGCCCCUCCUCCUCCAUGGCAGCCUUCCAAUCAGAACAUGCACGCGUGCAGAGGGAGUUUGAGUUCACCAUGGCCAUGGCCAAUCUCAUCUCCGAGCUGGUGCGCGUCAUGGGCUGGGACCGCAACCGCCAGCCGCCGCUCGUCUUGAACGCAGCCAGAAGUGCACAGAACAUAAGCAACGAAAUCCUAAAACAUCCAAUUCGCUCCAUCUUUCAGCCACGCUUCUCAGGUUCGCCUACAAUCAUGGUUGCGUCAACAAUUGCCACGGUCACGCCACCAAAGAAGAAGAAAACGGCAAAUGGUUUCAAGACACGCUCGGACUUCACUUCGCGUUCGGCUUACGUGGAGUAUGUGCAGGACAACCUGAAGAGCGGGAUGACGGUUCGUAUGCUGGAGGAUUAUGAGGAGGUCAGCUCUGGGGACGAAGGAGAAUUUCGCUACAGUAAUGAUGGUUCACCACCAGUGCAGGUGUACUGGAACUCCUUAUCCAGAACAUACUGGGUGCACUGGCACAUGAUUGAGAUCGUGGGCAAUGGCUGUGGUGCUCAGACUGAGAAAGAGACUCAGGAAAAGGCCUCGUCGCUCACAGAGACUCUCAAACUAACUAACGUGAGUCAGACAUUCUUCUUGAAGCCCCCUGGAGGUCUUUACUCGCUGCCAUACCUUAUGGAGGGCUCCCAGGACAAUGUGAGCACCCUGAGCCGAGCCGAGUGGUGGGAGGUCCUUUUCUUUGUCAAGAAGCUGGAAUCCAAGCAGCAGCAAGAAGUUUACGGUAUCCUGCGACAGAGCCUUGAUGAGCCGAUGGUGGAGCUGGAUGAAUCUACUCUCAUCCAGCUGUCUCUAUCGAGCGAGGUGGCGCAGAAGAUCCAUCACUACCUGAAGCAGAACUUGCAGGCCUCCUGUCUGGGUGACCUACUCUGCUCUCACACUUUCAUCAAGCACUACCUGAUCCGUGGAGGCGUCUGCCUGGAGGAUGAGGACAUGCUGAUGGACAGCUCGCUCGGAGGACAAGGAGCUUCAUCAUCGUCAUCGCUGUCGUCAGCCACCACUUCAUCCUCCUCCUCGGCUUCUUCCUGCACCAUGGGAUCUGUGUCUAAGAAAGCUAAGAAGGAGACCCCAGCAGACGUGGCUGGCUGCGGCAGUGAGACGGAAAGCGAACUUCCAAGUGAAGAUGACACCAAGUACCCGGAUGACUUAGAGGAGAAGAUGAAAGUAUUCAGCAGUCCAAAGGUUCAGGGAAAAAAGAGUUCUCUGGAGAAGAUCGGGGAGGCGGUGGACAUCAUGAGGAAGAGCAGCUCAGACUCAGGACUGCAGCUGGCCGGCAUGAAAGUCAUCAGCAAGAUUUUGGAGGAGGAGGGACCUCAGGAGAGAAGCACCCUCAGAUCAGACUCUGCACAGAGCGUCCGUGAUAAAGUGUCAAAGAUGUUGGUGGAGAUGAUCGGCAGUCAGCCGAAGCAGAACGCCGUCACUGCGCUGCUGCUGACCCACAGUCUAAUGCUGAAAUAUGAAUGGAGGGUCUCCUUCGCCACAGAGGGGGGUGUUAAAGCCAUCCUGUCCUGUAUGCAGGGGUAUCUCGACUGUACAAAGGUGCAGCAGAUCGCACUGGCGACUCUGAAGGUCCUAACAGGUGCCAGCAAGCAUGACCCUGGCAGCGGGGGUGUGUGUCUCCCGCUGUCUGAGUCCGGCACUCAGAUGAUGCUGGAGAUCUUCGCAAGCAUCGGGUCGGCCACACCAGAGGGCUCCAAAGGUCUCCUGUGUGCCAUCCCCUCUGGCAUCAACCUCAUGCUAAGCACAACAGGCAGCUGCGGCUUGUCCGUGAGGAACGGGCUGCUGGUCAUCAUCAUGCUGAUCUCUAGCCAUAAGACCCUGGCGGAGCAGCUGGUCGCCUGCAACGUCAGCAGCACGCUGAAGAAGUGCCUUUCUGCUCAGAAUCAAAACAGCAUGCUGGCCAUCAUCGCUCUAAACCACAUCUCCUUGGUCCACAAACUGGAGAAAAAAGAGUCUAAAGAUGAACAUGACUUUAAUGACACAGAGCUUAAGAUGCUGGUGGUGAGUCUGAAGGAGAUGCCAGUCACUAAAGAUGUCAUACUGACCCUGGAACAGCUGCUGUGUGACGACACCUCACAGCUGGAGGAAGAGAGAAACGAGGUGACCCGCAGCAGAGACACCUAUCAGGAUCUCAUCCGUCUCAUGGACCAGCACAGAGUGGAUCGGGCUGUACAGCUAUCUAUCCUCAGGAUUUUGAACAAGUUUCUAGAAAACUACCAGGAGGACCUGCUGCCAUGGCACGAGAGCAUCGAGCCAUGUCUGUCUUCUAUGAUGGCCUUCAUCAGCGACAGAGAGGUUGUACAGCAGUUCAUCCGCUUCCUGUACCGAAUCGCUUCUCUGAACAAAGACUACGCUGUCGUGAUGUGCCGUCUGGGCACCAAAGAGGCUCUCCUUAAAGCCCUGGACAAACACAGCACCAACCUGCUCAUGGUCACAGAGCUGCGAGAUCUCAUCAACGACUGUGAGAAAUACGCAAGUCUCUACAAGAAAAUGACCACCAGUGUGCUGGCAGGAUGUAUACAGAUGGUUCUGGGUCAGAUUGAAGAGCACCGUCGCAGCCAUCAGCCAAUCAACAUUCCCUUCUUUGAUGUGUUUCUGCGUAACCUGUGCCAGGGCUCCAGCGUGGAACUGAAAGAGGACAAAUGUUGGGAAAAGGUGGAGGUCUCCUCCAAUCAUCAUCGAGCUAACAAGCUGACAGACAAAAACCCCAAAACCUACUGGGAAUCCAACGGCUGCACUGGCUCCCAUUUUAUCAACAUUUACAUGCACAAGGGUGUGGUCAUCAGACAGCUGACAGUGUUGGUGGCCAGUGAAGACUCCAGUUAUAUGCCAGCUCGUAUUGUUGUUCUGGGAGGAGAUGAUCCCACAAACAUUAAUACUGAACUCAACACAGUGAAUGUGCCACCUUCUGCCAGCCAUGUGGUUCUGCUGGAGAACAUGACCCGCUUCUGGCCCAUCAUUCAGAUCCGCAUCAAAAGAUGUCAACAGGGUGGCAUUGAUACGCGAGUGCAUGGUUUUGAGGUUCUGGGGCCAAAGCCCACGUUCUGGCCCGUGUUUAAGGAGCAGCUGUGUUGUCGCACGUAUCUCUUCUAUACAACAAAAGCUCACACCUGGUGUCAGGAGAUCCUGGAAGAUAAGAACCAGCUGCUGCAGCUUUUCAACAAGUUAAACAGUGCACUGAGACACGAGCAGAUGUUUGCUGACCGCUUCUUGCCUGAUGCUGAGGCGGCAGAAGCGUUAGGUCGGACCUGUUGGGAAGCCCUCAUCACACCAAUAGUACAGAGCAUCACUAUCUCAGAGACCUCCACUCUUAGCCCUCUGUCCUGGCUACUCAAUGAGUAUUUAGAGAACACUAAAUCGUCAAAGCGAAGCAAGAUCACAGCCUCGGUCUUUAACUCUCGCGUGCGGCGUCUCACUCAUCUGCUCGUCCAUGUGGACACCAGCACAGUUGAUACAGAGGAGCUUAAACCUCCCAUCAAAUCCAAAGGUAUCAACAGAAGCAGAGAUUUAAAGAAUAGCAAAGAUGGGAAGAAUAAGGAAACGAGUUCAGUAAGCUCAUCUUCAACCUCCUCCAAACCCAAAGUGAAGAACAGCAGCAGUAUCGCAGGCAUCGCUUUGUGCUGGCAAGGUGUUGUUCAGCGACAGGUAAAGAGUUUAUUGGAUUCGACAAGCAGCCGUCCUGACUUUGUAGAGUGCUACAGGAACAUGUUUUUACGGCUCAAGAAUGCCAUGGAGGAACUGUUUGGUCAGCACACCGCUUUUGUGCUCGCUCUCCGACAUGGAUUUUCUGCAGCCCUGCUCCAGCUCUCCAUCCUCACAGCCAUGCAUGUGAGUGAACGGUUCGCACAGUACAUAGAUAAGAUGAUUCAGGAGAGCGGAGUGGACUCUAAUGUGGACACCCUGAGUCAGCUGCAGCAGUUUCUGGAGCCUAUGCUCUUCCUGUCGGGUCUGGAGCUCGCCAACACCUUCGAGCACUUUUACAGGUAUUAUCUGGGUGAUCGUCUGCUGGGUCAAGGGAGGGUGUGGCUGGAGAACGCUGUGGUGGAGCAGAUCGGGACCUGUUUUCCAAACCGCUUUCCCCAGCAGAUGCUCACCAGCCUGAGCGAAUCGGAAGAUCUUCAGCAGGAGUUUCAUCUGUACCGUCUACAGCAGCUGGACAAAAAUCUGGACAACUUUGAGGAGAUGAUGGAUGAAGAGGUGUCUGAGCCUGAGGAAGAGAGCGAUGUGAAAGUGUUGGUUUUAUCUCCACGUUGCUGGGUUGUGUCGGCUCCAUGCUAUCUCGAGGAUCCCAGCAAAAACUUCCCCUCUCAACUCUGCAGUUAUCUGGCUGAAUUUACGGAGUUCUAUAGCAACAGUCAGUGCAUGUACAGCCUGACCCACAGUAAACCUCGGCGGCUGCAGUGGACGUGGCUCGGUCAUGCAGAAGUUCAGUACGGCUCCUGCACCCUUUACGUCUCCACGCUUCAGAUGUACAUCCUGCUACAGUUUAACCAACAGGAGAAUGUGAGCGUGGAGGCUCUGCAGCAGGUCACCGCUCUCUCUCCAUCCAUGCUGACUCACGCUCUUAAACCUCUCACUGAAGAGAAGAGUGUUCUGACUCACAGUGGCUGCUGUCAGGACCCCGGAAAGGGCAUCCUGAGACUGAACAAGAGGUUCCCGACACAGAGCUCGGACGGACACCUUUUACUGCUUCCUAAGCAGACGUACCUUAAUGUGGACGAAGAUGCUGCUCUCACACUGGAGAGGAAGAGGAACUACAUCUACUGUCUCAUUGUACAGAUCAUGAAGAAUGAGAAGGAGAUGCAUAUUGACAAUCUGGUUUUUAAGGUGUUGGACAGAUGUCAGAAAAAGGAGGUGACUCGAGCUCCCUCCUCAGUCCGCUUCGGCUGCAGCACGACUGACGUGCUCUCCUGCAUCAUGCACGUGAUCAACAAAGGCUACCUCCGCCGAAACGAAGAGAGUCCACACAUAGUAGAGUUCUUGUUGGAGGACCCCACCACACCCCGCAAGGGCCAGGCGCAGUUCUCCUUUAAGAUAGACAUGAAGAAGAACUCCUCCGGCGGCAGCGACAAGACAGACACCAGUCUGGGGGAUGUUCUAGUUCCCCCGCAGCACAUGGAGGACGGCGUCCUGGAAGCCGUGCUGUUCUCCAUGGGUCGGACCAUGACUCAAGAGGAGGUGAAGCAGCUGAUGCAGCGCACCGUACAGCAGGUGGCAGGUACUCUGAGUCUGGAUUUGGACCGGGCCGAGCAUCUGCUCAUGCACUGCAAAUGGAACGUUGACACAUUGAUCCAACGCUACACUGACGACCCGGACUCCCUGGUGCUGGCCGCCGGCCUUAAGAUCAGAAACCCGCAGCCGGACCCUGGUCCUGUGAGCCAGUGUCCAGUGUGCCUUUCCCAAUCCAAAGAGAGCGAUCCCCCUCCAAUGCUUUGCUGUAGGCAUUACUGCUGCAGGUCUUGCUGGCAGGAGUACCUCACCGCUCGUAUCGAACAGAAUCUGGUUAUGAACUGCGACUGUCCCAUUACGGACUGUCGAGCGCAACCCACCUCCAAAUUCUUUCAAAAUAUUCUCACUGAUAAGGACACCAUUGCCAAAUAUGAAAAUGCUCUUCUGCGAGGUUUUGUGGAGUGCUGCUCUAACCUGACGUGGUGCACCAAUCCACAGGGCUGUGAUCAGAUCCUGUGUAAAGAGAACAUUGGCAGCAUGGGGACCUGCUCCAAGUGCUGCUGGUCCUCCUGUUUCAGUUGUAACUUCCCAGAGGCACAUUACCCAGCCAGCUGCAGUCACAUGUCUCAGUGGAUGGAUGAUGGAGGUUAUUAUGAGGGAAUGAGUAUGGAAGCACAGAGUAAACAUCUGGCCAAACUGAUAUCCAAACGCUGUCCGAGCUGCCAAGCACAGAUUGAGAAAAAUGAGGGAUGCCUACAUAUGACAUGUGCAAAGUGUAACCAUGGAUUUUGCUGGAGAUGUCUGAAGCCAUGGAAGCCAACACACAAAGAUUACUACAACUGCUCGGCCAUGGUCAGCAAAGCUGCAAGGCAGGAGAAGAAGUUUCAAGAUUACAAUGAGAGAUGUACCUUUCAUAACCAAGCCAAGGACUUUGCAAUCAAUCUAGAGAACAAGGUGUUUUCUAUCAAUGAAGCUUUACAGAUGAAGUCAUUGACGUUUGUGAUCGAUGCUUGUAAGAUUCUUGCUCAAGCUCGUAAGGUUCUGGCCUACUCGUGUGUGUACAGCUAUUACAACCAGGAUACUGAGAAGAUGGAUGUGAUGGAGCAACAGACAGAAGCUCUGGACCUUCAUACUAAUGCUCUGCAGAUCCUACUCGAGGAGACACUGUUGCAGUGCACUGAUCUCGCCUCCUGUGUGCGACUCCUAAAGCCAGAGCAUCUUAACACCGGUUUGGAGCUUAUUCGCCGCAUUCAGGAGCGUCUUGUGGCCAUCCUUCAACACUCCACUCAAGACUUCCGUGUCGGUUAUCAGUCCAAGACUGGUCCAGACCAGGAGACGGCUCAAGCCUCUAAUCUGGCAAACCAGACAGAUACCAACAAAGAGUCCAAAUCAGACGGAGGCUCCGAGUCUGGAGACUCUGACAACAACAAUAAUGCCGGCGAGGAAGCGGAGGAGGAUGACGAGUACGAUGAUGAAUACGUUCCGGAAUGGCAUGAGGAUUACGAUGAGGAAGAUAUAGAUGAUGACGACUUCUUUUCUGAUGAUGAUGAAUCCGAAAACCUCGAGAGGGACUUUGGCCCUUUUGAGUAAUACGUAGCGAUAAUUGCAUACAGAAUGCCUACAGAUAUAAAAGUAGACAAUACAAGAGCCACACCUUUAUAAGAAUGAAAAACGGUCUGUUACAGGAAGUUCAACAAUUUGAAUGUAACAUACUCUUUGCUUUGCACUUAGCUCUUACUUCAAGCCCCUGCCUAAAUUUGGUUUUGCACCAAGUGAUAGUCAUGUUUAUUUAGGUAUAUACCACAAACAGUUUAUCUUUAAGAAUGGUAAUUUUGUUCAUGUCUGACGAAAGGCGCUUAACUAAGUUCAAUGAAGGAUCUUAAAAAUUUUGACGUUAUAUUGUAGAGGUGAGAAUAUUUUUUCAAACUGUUCAUAGUUUUGGUAUUAACAGGUUUUUUUGGGUUGAGAAUUUGAAAAGGAGUGUGUAAACAUUCAGAAAAAAAAUUGUUUUAAUCUGAUCAAAGACAUUGUGAUUGUUUAAUUUAAAAGAAAAUACCAAAAUUACUGCUGGCCUUUAACCCAUUUUAAAUUCCUUUAAAUGCCUUCAUGUACAGCAUACAUCUCAGUUUAAUUUCAACAAAUACAAGCAUUGAAAUGAGAAAUGUUUGCAAAAUUCGAGAAAUUAGAUAAAGGUCUGUGUUUAGGGACUACAGGAUUUCUCAGACAGUGGUCUGUGACGGUGUUCAUUCACCAGAACAUACAAAUUCAAAGGUUUCAGUUUAGCCUGCCUCUUUAAGAUGUAAUGGCAAUAAAUAUAUAAAAGUAUUGUAGCUAAGCAAAACACCUUAAGCUCUGUUCAUUAUUGUCAUCAAUUUUCACUUGUUAAAAUGUUCACCUGUAUAGAUGGGGAGAUAUAAAUUAUCUUCCCAAAUCCAGUUUUGAAUUGAGAUAGACCUAUAUAUUCAUAUACAGUCCAUCUUCUGAAAUGUUUUCUUGGUUCAACUGAAGGAAGUUACUUAACUUCAGCUCACAAAAUAAAUGCUUUUCUUCA